UCAGACCAACAGACCCCCAAAUUUCCUCUUCUAAGCAAGCCUAUCUCCAUAGGAUUAGCCUUACCUCGUGUCUUCCCUUAAUUCAAAUCUCACUUUAGGAUUUGAAUCAUUGAGUUUUGUGCCCCAGGUACAAUUUCAUUCCUGAGUACUCCCCCUUUAACCCUAAACAUCCACUUUCCAAUCUAGCCUUCCUCCAUUCUCAUCCCUGCAAAUCCUAGUCUCGGCUCCAAAUAUUCCUCUGUAAAUCUUACCUCAAACCCACACCCUUCUCCCUUUUGCGACCCAGCCCAAAGCCUCACCACUACCCUGAUCCUCACGAUUAUCACAUAUCCCUUUCUGCUCGGUCUGGGUCCAAGCCCUGAGUAUCUAAAGACAUGGAGUUUGUGUCUGGAUACCGAGACGAGUUCCUCGAUUUUGCUGCUCUUCUCUUUGGCUGGUUCCGCAAGUUUGUGGCAGAGAGGGGGACCAUGGGGACCAGCCUUGAGGGCCGAUGGCGUCAACUGGAGUCACAGAUAAGGAGGCUGCCUCAGGAUCCUGCCCUUUGGGUGCUCCAUGUCUUACCAAACCGCAGUGUGGGCAUCAGCCUGGGGCAAGGUGCCGAGCCAGGUCCUGGGCCAGGCCUAGGGGCUUCCCGGCUCCUGGGAGAUGAGCCUCCACUUCACCUGAGAGACCUGAGUCCUUAUGUCAGUUUUGUCAGCCUAGAGGAUGGGGAAGAAGGGGAGGAGGAGGAGGAAGAUGAGGAGCAUGGAGAGAGGCCAGGCAUGGAGAAGGUGGAACCACAGGAGGGUGGGGAGCCAGCCCCUCCAAGCAAGAGAUUCCCCCAAGAAGCAAAGCCUGCUCCAGAGUCAGAGGUGACCCAGCAGGAGGCAAGCCGAGAAGAAGGCAGCAGAGAGGAGCGACCAGAGGAUGAGAGGGCUCCUGAAAAGAGGAAAGGACAGAAGAAUGGUAAGAGCCCAGGACGGCCCCACCCUGAGUCCUACCAUGUCACUCAAGACCCAAAGAGGAGGCAUGAGCUGGUAACCUUCAUGCAAAUCUGAUGCCAGAAGUUGUUUUCAUCUACCACAGUGUGUUUUUGUUCUGUAAUUUGAAUCAACAUCCAAGCACUUGUAAGGAAUGAAAGUCCAGAAGCCUUGCAUCUUAAGGAUAAUAUCCAGGUGCUAGGGCUGGAGAGAUGGCUCACAGGUUAAGAGCACUCACUAACUCUUCCAGAGGAUCCAGGUUCAAUUCCCGGCGCCCACAUGGUGCUAACCACCUUCUGUAACUCCAUUCCCAAGGGGAUCCAACACCCUCUUCUGGCCUCUACAGGCACUACAUGCAUGAGGCAUACAGGCGUACAGGUGGAGAAAAUACCCAAACAGAGGCUGCCCCCCUGCACCUUUCCUGCCUUUUGCUGGUGACGGACGAGCAUGGCACCAUCUUGGGCAUUGAUCUGCUAAUGGAUGGAGCCCAGGGGAGUGUAGGCCAGAACCCAGGCACUGAGAAUCUGGCUCCUCGGGCCUAUGCUCUCCUCUGUCAUAGCAUGGCCUGCCCUAUGGGCUCUGGGGACCCCCGCAAGCCCCGACAGCUUACCGUAGGAGACGCCCAUCUCCAUCGAGAGCUAGAGAGCCUGGUCCCAAGGCUGGGUGUGAAGUUGGCAAAAACCCCAAUGCGCACGUGGGGUCCUCGGCCAGGUUUUACUUUUGCCUCCCUUCGGGCUCGAACCUGCCAUGUUUGUCACAAGCACAGCUUUGAGGUGAAGUUGACACCCUGCCCCCAGUGCAGUGCAGUCUUGUACUGUGGAGAGGCUUGUCUCCAGGCUGAUUGGCGGCGAUGCCCAGAUGACGUGAGCCACCGAUUCUGGUGCCCAAGGCUCUCAGCGUUCAUGGAGCGGGUCGGAGAACUGGCAAGUUUGCCUUUCACCUAUACUGCAGAAGUUACCAGUGAAACCUUUAACAAGGAAGCUUUCCUGGCCUCCCGAGGCCUCACUCGUGGUUAUUGGACCCAGCUCAGCAUGCUGAUUCCAGGGCCGGGUGCCCCCAGGUACCCCUGGGGCAGCACAUCAUCCCUCAGCUGCCUUCUCAACGGUGAUCCUUACCAGCUUCUGCAGGGAGACGGGCCUGCCUUGAUGCCUCCGGUGCCCCUCGAGCCACCCAGGAGCCUCUUUGGUUCAUGGCAGGAUUACUACACGUGGCGGGGCCUCAGCCUGGACUCCCCCAUGGCUGUGCUUCUCACCUACCCACUGACGGUGUACUAUGUCAUCACCCACCUGGUACCCCAGUCCUUCCCUGAGCUCAACAUCCAGAACAAGCAAUCCCUGAAGAUCCACGUGGUGGAGGCUGGCAAGGAAUUCGAUCUCGUCAUGGUGUUUUGGGAGCUCUUGGUCCUUCUCCCCCAUGUGGCCCUGGAGCUACAGUUUGUGGGUGACAGCCUGCCACCUGAGAGUGACCAGCAGCAUUUUACUAUGCAGAGGGAUGGACCUGAGGUGUCUCUGCGUCCUGGUUCUGGAGUAUCAGCACGGUUCAACUCUGGGACUAAGGAGAAGGGAGGUCGAAGGGACCUGCAAAUCAGGGUGUCUGCCAGGCCCUAUCACCUGCUCCAGGGACCCAAGCCUGACCUGGUUAUUGGAUUUAACUCCGGCUUUGGUCUCAAAGAUACAUGGCUGAGCUCUCUACCCCGGUUACAGUCUCUCCGAGUGCCAGCAUUCUUCACUGAGAGCAGUGAGUACGGCUGUGUGAUGGACGAUCAGACUAUGGCGGUGGCCACCGGAGGGGGCACCAGCUCGCCACAGCCCAACCCCUUCCGCUCCCCAUUCCGCCUUAGAGCAGCUGACAACUGUAUGCCCUGGUACUGCAACGCCUUCAUCUUCCAUUUGGUCUACAAGCCUCCCCAAGGCGGCACAGUCCGCUCGGCUCCCGGCCCUGCACCUAGACCCCCAACUCCCGCUGCACCUCCUGUCCCGGCUCGAAGGCGCCGAGGAGAAAAGAAAGCUGCACGCGGGCCCCGCCGGCGCAGAUGAGAGCGGACUUGGCAGCCGUCCAUUCCCAAGCAUGCGCCCUAAAGGAAAACAUUCCAAGGCCCAGGGAAGACUGAUUGUCGGAACACAAAAGGUUAAAUAAAAUUACUUGUUUGAAA